GCCCGACCAUCCUAAUGUUGUAUUCACAAACAUGGAAGAAAUCAUGACUCUGCUCAUAGAAGAAAGUGAUGAAAUCUCAAUGGAGCUUCUUCAGCCCCUUCUUGAUAGCGCCAGAAAGGAAAAUAAGAUUUGUUCACCUAUCUCGUCAAAAUUGGGAGAGGAAGUCCUGAAAGAAUGUGCCUCCACUCUUAGACCAUAUCUUAUAGAAGCCCUCAAGUCAAGAAGCAUGAAUCUUGAUGAUUAUGCUGAAAUAGUUGCCUCAAUAUGCAAUGAAAUGCCUGAGGGAGAACAAAUGCAUCACAGUCAGAUGGAGCAGCAAAAGAAUACUGGCAUUGGCAAUGGUAGUCAUGGUUGCCGGGUUAGGGCUAAGAAGAAAGAGAGCAUGGCAAAUAAGGAGGCUCAUCUGGGUGUGUUGGUUCCAGAAGGAGAUGUGUUGCAAUCUCAAGAUAAGAGAAAUGGCUCUCUGCAUUCAGUUCUCAAAUUUGGGGAUGAACAUAAGGGCACAGCAUGUAGCAAAAGAAAACCACGUCAGAACUCAAAGAAGAGUGAGUCCGUUCCAAAAGGUGAUGUGGACACCACUUCUGCUCUUAACAUUGUAAAAGGAGAAGGAAACCUUACUGAUGCUGAGGAGCCAUCAGUGCAACAAGUUGAUGAAAAGAAACAGAAGAAUGACAGAGCUACCAUUGAAAUUCAUGAUAUAGAAGAAACAGGAGAUGAGGCAAUUAAACUAUCGUUUGGGGAUGAAAAUCUCUCAAGCAAACUUGCCAAAACUAAGCGCCAGAAGAAGCUUGCCAUGGGGAAGGAUGAGGAUUCUAAAAGGCGUCAAAUCACCAAAAAUUAUGGAGAAGAAAUGGUUGGUAUCAGAAUAAGAGUUUGGUGGCCAUUGGACAAAGUGUUCUAUGAGGGUGCAAUUUCUGAGUUUGAUCCUGUGAAAAAGAGACACAAGAUCUUAUAUUAUGAUGGUGAAGUGGAAACCUUGAAUCUGAGCAAGGAACAGUGGGAGAUGCUUGAAGACAAUCCAUCUGACAAGAAGCAUGAGACAAAUCUUCAAUGCAAUGCUGUUUCAUCUGUUCCAUCCAUGAAGAAGAAAGUAAAAAGAACCUCCUCAACAAAAAGGGAAGCCUUAGUCUCUUCAUCCAAAAGGUUCUCUAUCUUCAGGUCAAAAAGAAAUGCCCAAAAGAGAGACACUGAAUCCCCGGUUACUCCAAUUUCAGAUAAGAUGAAUGAUGCUACUAAUGUUGGUUGCGAAACAAGCAGUGGGAAAAAAGAUCUUGUGGACAUGGAAGAUAACACGAUCACACAGAAGCAGAGAUCCGAGACUCUGAUACUUGCCUUAGAGAGCGCAUUGAUGCUUGAAGACCAUCCAUCUGACAAGAAGCAUGAAACAGAUAUUCAAAGCAACGAUGUUUCAUCUGUUCCGUUGAUGAACUUGAGCAGAUCGACGAAGCAGAAAGCAAAAAGAACUUCCUUAACAAAAAGGGAGCCUGGAAUGUCUUCAGCCAAAAGGUUUAGAAGAAAUGUCCAAAAGAGUGACAUCGAAACCCUGGAUAAUCCAAUUCCAGAUAAGAUGAAUGAUGUUACUGAUGUUGGUUGCGUAACGAGCAGUGGGCAAAAAGAUCUUGCGUACAUAGAAGAUAACACUAUCACGCAGAAGCAGAGAUCCGAGACUUUCAAAGUUGCCUUAGAGAGCUCAUUGACGCUUGAAGACCAUCCAUCUGACAAGAAGCAUGAAACAGAUAUUCCAAGCAACAAUGUUUCAUCUGUUCCAUCGACGAAGCAGAAAGCAAAAAGAACUUCCUCAACAAAAAGGGAACCUGGAAUCUCUUCAUCCAAAAGGUUUAAAAGAAAUGUCCAAAAGAGUGACAUUGAAAUCCUGGAUAAUCCUAUUCCAGAUACGAUGAAUGAUGCUACUGAUGUUGGUUGCGUAACGAGCAGUGGGAAAAAAGAUCUUGCGGACAUGGAAGAUAGCACCAUCACACAGAAGCAGAGAUCCGAGACUUUCAAAGUUGCCUUAGAGAGCUCAUUGACGCUUGAAGACCAUCAAGCUGACGAGAAGCAUGAGACAGAUCUUCAAAGCAAUGAUGUUUCAUCUGUUCUAUUGACGAAUAAGAAAGCAAAAAGAACCUCCUCAACAAAAAGGGAACCUGGAGUCUCUUCAUCCAGAAGGUCUGCAAGAUAUGCCCAAAAGAGUGACAUUGAAUCCCUGGAUAUUCCAAAUCCAGAUAAGAUGAAUGAUGCUACUGAUGUUGUUUGCGAAACGAGCAGUGGGCAAAAAGAUCUUGUGCACAAGGAAGAUAACAUCAUCACAGAAGCAGAGAUCCAAGACUUCCAAACUGGCAACCGAGAGCUCAUUAAAGCAAGUGCACUCACAACGUCAUCAAAACUUUCCAAUGGUGCCUUAGAGAGCUCAUUGACGAAGGAAGCCAAUUAAAGUAUAAAGAUGCUGUAAGUUGAGUUUGGGAAAAAGGUAGUAGUCGUUACCCGUUAUUCAUUCAAAUUUGUAAGUUUUAAAUCACAUUUGAACCCAAUAGUUCCUUUAACUUUAAAAGCUAUGAGACCUUGAGUUUGUUAUGAUAGUUUGCCAGAAUGGACAGCUGGAGGAUUCCAUGCUCGACCAUAUUCAUGCAGAUUUUAAAAAAAAAAUUUAUUUCUCUUUUGGUUGCGGUAUGAAAUCCGAGUUAACAAAGCAACUGCAUUUGUGGUAGUCCGUUGAUAUGUCAGCAAGGAUUCAAGUCCUUUGCUUGAUCAUAGAUCUCAAUAAAGUAAGGGAAUGCGAAUUCUAUAUCGGGUCGAUUCUUCCAUAUAAUAGGUGAGAGGAGCUGUGGGAUUCUGUUUCUGAAUGUAUCAAUGAAAAUUGUGAAGCAUUCCCAGAAGCUGAAUGUUUCUGAAUGUUGUGAAGCAUUAGGAGGUAGUUGCGUCAUGCCUUACUUCGUACCAUUAUGGGACUAGCCAUGUGGGGUUUUUGUCUAAGA